AUUUUGAUAUGAAUGUGGAAACAAAUCAGAAACCGUCAACAACAGACAAAAAGGAGAAGUUUAAAGGUGAGAAAAAUAAGAGAUUGCCCCUUCACCCCUCACUCCUCAGAGUGUACUGAAAGUUCUGACAGCACACAGCCUCCUCUUGGGACAAACUGGGAGGCCAUUAUUCUAGAUAAGAUGUGACACAGGAUGAGGGAGGAGAGAGUAUAAGAGAGCUUCAAGAGUGGAGGAGAGCGUGUCUGUAAUUAAAAGUGGGCAGGACUCACACCAAAAGAACAGCUCUGCAGCUUCCUCCAGGGUCUAACUCAAGACGCUGUGCCAAAUAGCUAUAGAGGAACUGUGCACGUAUAUCAUGGACGCCAAAUGAUAAACAAAAAUGAACAAAAGCAGAGGUAGCCAUUAAACACUCUGUACUUCAGAGGAAUCCCUGAUGCACAGGUGACUGCAUAAUAAUGCCCUCUCAGCAGGAUGUAUCACUGAAAUACAUAUUACAAGUAAUUGUGUCAGGAACAGAUAAUGACAGCGACACAGCUCUGUAAGCUUCCAAGAAAGAACAAAUUAUAUGCGGUUACAUGAAAGAUCUUCAGGCAGACCUGCCUUAAAAAAAAACCCCAAAACUAAAAAGUGGUUUAUGCUAUGCAAAGCCAUGAUGCUAGUGGGUGGCAGUAGUGCUAUAACAUCAUAUAGCUCCUUAGAUCACUUCACGUCCCAUACAUCCAUGCUGUAUGAUAUACACAUCUGCCUAUACCUGUCCGCUGUACGUACACUCUCCAAAAACCUAAACCAACACAAACCAAACCAUCAACAAUCACAUUUCUUCUGCCUACUUAAAGCUGUAUUUCCUUCAUUAGAUCCAAUUCAGGAUGUUUUCCUCUCUUAAUAGUCAAGACACCAGGAUACUGUCUAUCAUCUUCCCUCAGCCAUUCACCAGAGUUCAAUAAACAUAAUUAGAUUCAAGAUUGUGCAAUUAAAUCAGUCAUAAGUAGACGCUUACGCAGGACAUUACUGCAAAACCAGUAACCAGCAACCACAGGUCACACCCAGCUAGUAUAAACUCUAGCUUAUGUAGGGAAGCCGAGAGUCCUCAGCCUGUCGUUAUUCAUGCUGGUGGAAGAGGACUCCGAAUAUUCUUGCACACUUUUGUAUCCGUAACCUGAACUGCACACAAGUGUGGAAAAGAAGAAAGAAACCUUAUGGCGGUCCUGAAAAUAGCAAAUGUCACCUGGCAUUCCAAACUAAAUAAGACUGCACAUCACACCGCUGAUUACAGCAGUACAGAAGUCAUCUUGAGGAGAGGACAGGCCUUCAGCAUCACUCUCAGCUUCCAAACAACGGUGCAAUGUGGGGACAACUUCACCUUUAUUGCAAGCACAGGACCAUCUCCAGCAGAAUCACUGCAGACCAAGGCCACAUUUAACCUUUCUGAGGAGGAUGCCAGUGGCUGGAGUGCAACCCAGGAGCCCAGUGAGCCUGGCUGCAUGAACAUCACAAUAUGCAGCCCAGCCAACGCUGUCAUAGGACGAUACAAACUCAAACUCCAGAUUCUUUCUGGGAACAAGGUCUCUUCAACAUCCCUGGGCCAGUUUGUGCUACUCUUCAAUCCCUGGUGUCCAAAUGACGAUGUCUAUAUGGCUAACGAAAAGGAGCGACAGGAGUACGUCCUCAAUGAUAGCGGAAUCAUAUUUCAGGGACUGGAAAAACAUAUUCAAGAAGAAGCUUGGAACUAUGGACAGUUUGAAGAGGAUAUUCUUGAUAUCUCUCUGGCUAUACUGGAUCGGAGCCUGAACCACUAUGAAGAUCCAGCUGCUGAUGUAUCCAAACGGAACAGUCCUAUCUACGUGAGCAGGGUUAUCAGUGCUACGGUUAACAGCAAUGAUGAAAAAGGAGUAGUGGAAGGGAAGUGGAAUGGAAAGUACUCCUCAGGAACAAACCCGCUGCAGUGGAGUGGAAGUGUGACCAUCCUUCAAAAGUGGUACAGAAGAAGAUACAAACCUGUUCGGUAUGGCCAAUGCUGGGUCUUUGCAGGAGUAAUGUGCACAGUUCUGAGAUGCUUGGGAAUACCUACUCGUGUUAUUACAAACUUCAACUCUGCCCAUGACAGCAACGUAAAUCUGAGCAUUGACAAGUACAUUGACACUUCUGGAAAGACCCUGCACUUGACUGAAGACAGUGUGUGGAAUUUCCACGUCUGGAAUGAAAGCUGGUUCAUUAGAAGAGAUCUCGGCUCUUUUUAUGAUGGAUGGCAGGUUCUGGAUGCAACACCCCAGGAAAGAAGCAAAGGCAUAUAUCGGUGUGGUCCUGCCUCCACCAGAGCCAUUAAGGAAGGGGAUGUGAACCUGGAUUAUGACAGCUCAUUUGUGUUUGCAGCAGUGAACGCUGACUACGUUACUUGGAUUCACUAUAGCAACAAAAGAAAAAAGAGAAUUUAUUCUGAUACUAGGAAGAUUGGAAAAUUUAUCAGCACCAAAGCAGUGGGCACCAACUCCCGUGUGGAUGUCACUGCUAAUUACAAAUAUCCAGAAGCAGGAUCCCGGAAAGAAAGGAAGGUGUAUAAAAAAGCACUGAAGCUGCUUGAUGUGAGAAGCACUGGAAAAAGAACCAAAAUUACGAGACCUAGAAGGCGACCUUCAGCACUACGGAGACAGUCUGCACGAAAACCCAGUAUCUCCGGGAAGCUGAUCCUUGAUGCAUCCCCUGUAAUUGGCCAGGAUAUUCUCCUUACCUUGGCUCUCAGGAACUUGAUCUCCGAUUUCAAGAUCAUAAAGGUUAAACUGAGGGCUUCAGCUGUUUUCUACACAAGACGACCAAAGGCAGAGAUCUUGCAGUUGUCUAGGUCUAUUAAACUUGGAUCCGAAGAAGUGAAAGAGAUUUCAUUCAAGAUCCCCUAUUCCCAGUACAAAAACUCUCUGAUGGAUGACCGGAAGAUCCUGGUGACUGCUGUGUGUGAAACCAAACAAGGAGCCUCACUUCUAGUGGAGAAGGAUAUUGUACUUCAGGAUCCUUUUCUCACCAUCAAGGUCCUUGGUCCAGCAGUGGUACACAAGAGUGUUGGUGUGGAGGUCACAUUUACCAACCCGCUGUCUGAAGUGGUGACAGACUGUGUGCUGAGAGCAGAAGGUAGUGGCCUGCUCAAAGAACAACUCAGAAUCAAAGUGGCAAGAAUGGCCCCCAUGGAGAGCUCAACAGUACAAUUUGAAAUCAUUCCCUACAAGAGCGGCACCAAGCAACUACAGGUGGACUUUGUUUGCACUCAUUUUUCAGACAUUAAGGGAUUUGUGAUGCUGGAUGUUGCUCCAAGUCCAUGAUAUAACCCUACUCAGCCAAGAUUAAGAAGCCAAAACAGCUGAGACCUGAAUGUUCCUAAGAAACAAUUUUCCUCCUGACAACACCUCAUACUGUCCAGCAACGCAGUCUCAGCUUCUCCCAGAAAGAGCAUUUCAUGGACACAAGCUGACUCCGUGACACAGGUUAAACUGAGGUCUCAUUUACAUUUCUUUGAUUUAAAGCCAACAAAAUCUUCAAAACACGGCAACUCCUAUUUCAUUAUAUCAAUUACAAUAUUUUGCCACCAACAUAUAGUUCCAUAUCCCUUUUAAGUGCUUCUCAAAACUUGUCAACCCAGAGAGACCGGAAUGAAGAUUGGAAAGGACACAAACUCACACAUGGAGGAAUUCGGAUUUCUCCAGGCAAAGGAGAAGAGAAUAGGUAGCUUUGCACCUACCAAUUAAGUCUUGCAAGAUCUUGGAAAGUCAGGGUAUAAAACCCUCCACUGGCCUCAGAAAAAGCCUUGAGGAAGUGAUGGUACAAAAUCUCAUUAACUCUUGCAAGAGGGCAGGCUGUCAUUACAUUUAACACACAGUGCAGCCAAGCCAUUCACAUUCCUUCAGUAUUUCUUAAAUACAAUCCAGGAAAUCAUUUCAGACAGUGUUUGGCACAUGAGCUUGGAAUGCCCUCAUCCUAAUUAACUAUUUGUAAACAAAGCCUGCUGAUCAAAGGAAAAUCAGCCCUAAAGCUUGUGCCAAGCUCCAAGCUUUGCAACACUUCGGGUUACUGGCUUUUGAGGGUGUCAGCAUUAUUAAAUGCCCUCAACAACCUCACCCAGUUCAGUUUCAGCAUCAGAAUGCGGAUCUGGCCCAUGCCAUGUACAAGAAAUUCACAUUCUUCCUGUGUUAGACAUAAAAAACCUGUUCAAUUAAGCUAAUUAUUAUUACAGACAAAAAUGUCUAAGUGCCCAAGAAGGGAUUUAAAUUUGGCUUUUGCCAAACCUACAGUAUCUACACAGCCCUUAGUCAGAAAUCAGUCGGAAUUGGAGCAAAACAUGGCUACUUAUCAGUAUUCUUAUAAAUAUGCAGUUCAACUCUCAGCACACCCUCAGAUCACUGCAUUCUGAUCAUUCAAAAUAAUCAAGUAAGCAGUAGCUGACACGACACAGUCAUACUAUGAAAUGGUUUUACUAAGACUCUAAAAUCAGCCUCCAGGAUGAUGAAUGAUUUCCCUACCAUUCUGUCCUCCCAAUCUAAGUUUCUAGAGCCGUGAUUCGGGCAGUCAAUUAAAUUACUGUCCUUUUACAGAUUAAAACCAAAGCAAACAAACACCUGAAAUUGGUAGUUUCAAAUCACUUCAUUCUUUCAGCUGCACCAAAGCUGCACUGCUUUGCCACUUGCGAUAUGCCACUCCUGCGUACUGAAUGCGGAGAGCACCACUCAUGAUAAAAGACAACACAAAAGGCUCAGUACAAGCAUUUCUUAUUGCUCCAAAGGAAUAAGAUAUUCCACCAAAAAGGAAAAUUCAGAUCUAAUUCACGGAUGUCACAUGUCAGAGCUGGAAGUGUAAUCAUAAAAGCGAAACUUAGAUAGAUGUAUUUUUUGAUCAAUACGUUCAGAAAGAGACCCAGUCGCUAAAGAUGCUCACAUAACAUUUUAAGCUUCUAUUUUUAUAGGUAAUAAAGACAAUAAACAAUUCACAGAUUUGUAUUUGGACCUGUAAAAAAACAAGAAAUCCCUAAGUAUUAUAAACAUAAUCACACAGUAAUACCUAGGCAGGAUGUAUACAUUUAAGGAUCCUAUCAAUCACUUGUCCUUUAGAUUUCUAUGAACGUCAGGGAUGUAGUGGAUACAGAACAGGGACAACAGAUGCCUUUUUGAUCAAGCAAAGAAAGUCAGAGGUUUGAGCACAAUGUUUAUAAUAAACUCACAGAAUUUUCUGGAACGUGAUUAUAUAUAAAGUUUCCCCAAUUUCUGGCAAGCUUGUGACCUCUAGGCUUCUUAAUAAAAGUCAAAA